UUGCGCCCACCGCCAGAAUGUAUGCUGGUCACAUUGACCACGCGUAGUUUCUUUUUUGUUAUUACUAUUCAUAGCUCGGCACAGGUGCCUCGGUUGAACCUGUGCGAAGGGACGGCCGGCAAAGUUUGCUAGCAGUCCAUCGUAGCAAUCGGCUAAACGAACGCGCGCGCGCGCGCGCGUGUGCGUGCGCGCUCGCUCAUUCACUCGUUCGCUUAACAGUGUCAGUGGUGUGAAAUCGACAGAAGCAGAAGAAAUACUUUGAGAUCUGUGCAGUUAGGCUAAUCUCACCGUAUCUAUUGACAUUACUUAUUGAUGACCCUCAAUCGUUGGAUGCUCAUACAAGUGACGUAUAUCGUACUGUGAUAAACAUCGUUAACAGAGCGUUUACGAUGGACGGAUUUAACAUGUUCUAACUGGACAAACGACAACAACAGGAAUUGGAACAAGCAACGGUAGACAACUGUUGCGCUGCCUUAUUCGUACUUGGACACAAAGUGCGACGCUAUUUGGUGAACCUUCGAGAAAGUGGUCGCAUCAGAAGCUUAAAAGUUCAUACAUAGGAUAUGCUACAUUGCAUUAGAUGAUUCCUGCUAAAGUCUAAAACUUCUACACGUGCUAGGACUUUCUCAAUGUACUGUGUGCGCGAAGUCUUUUCGUGAGGUGACUGCUAUCGUUUCCGUUGUUACUUUAUGGUUUAACAGUUCUCUAACAAAUAGUUAAGCAGGCGUAGCAAAGUUUCAGUACAACUCGGAUCACUUUCGGCAUUACAAUUACAAGAAAGGACAGUGGAAAAGUGAAGCUUUUAGCGCAGUGAGGACAUCUUGAGUUACUGCCGGGAUGAGACAGCCGCGGCACGGGCCUGCGGCUGUCAGCCGAAAUCGCACGCCGCUCGGAAAGCGUUACACGCUUGAGAUUUUUCCUUCCUGUUUUCGCUUCGAUCGACGAGCAAUAGUGAGAUUAACUGUGGUCCUAUUAUUAAUUGUACUCUGUUGCUGGCCCACUGAAGUUGUGAAUGGGUCGCGAGUACAAGUUGACCCACAGAUUAAAGCAUACGAAGGACUAGUAGUUGCCAUCUCACCAAAGAUCAAACAAAAUCAUGGAAAAUCCAUCAUAUCCAACCUUGAGGCUGUCCUUCGCAAUGCGUCCGGAGAAUUACAUCGGGCACGAGGCGUAUACAUACACGAGGUAUUUAUAAUCGUUCCACGCUCGUGGGGUUCCAGGGGUACGUGGGCCCCACAAAAGCCUCCUAAGGUUAAAGCUCCAAGUUGGCAACAAUGGAACCGCGCCGAUAUCCUCAUCGAGCGAGGAGAAGAGUCAGUAUUUGGCGAAAUUCCAUUCGUAGUACAAUAUGGCGGUUGUGGUGUACAAGGUAGGCACCUUGUCGUGCCCGAUACGUUCCUGCGAACCUACGCUGCCAAUAGCGAUCAGUCGCCGAACCGUUUCGACAAAUACGGAAAACCACAUCACGUGCUUCUGCGCGAGUGGGCCGUGUAUCGUUAUGGAGUAUUUAAAGAGCAUGGCUUCCCGCGCGAUCCGGUUUAUCCCUUAUAUCUCCCAAAGCCUGGCAGUCAGGACCCCAACGAAAUUGAGCUGAAUGUAUGCGCUAACGGUCCGGUUAAACCGCAGUUCAGGAAUGGUAAUGGCGUGGCGUGUAAUGCGACAAUUAACCUGAUGAAUGGCUUUCCGCUGGAUCAAGAUUGUAUACCGGUCUACUCCGCAGGACAUGAAGCUGUCGAAGCUUCCUUGAUGAGCGGCCUGCCAUCGGCUACUCACUUCUGCGGGGGUCCUAAUCGCGCACACGACCGUACCUUACCCACCAAGCAUAACGUGAUGUGCGAUGAGAAGUCAACGACGGAAGUGAUCGAACGGCAUCCUGAUUUCUACGGAAAAGCUCGCGAUGGAUAUAACCAUCUGGGACGUACAACCUUCAUUUUUCUUCAGGAACGAGCCCAAGUGGUGGCAUUUGUGAUUCAGAUUAGUGAAACUACAAUGCAGCAUAAUCAUCGUAAUUAUAUCUUGCGUGCGCUAAAUCAGUUCCUCCGUAGCGAAGCUCCAAGUGAGAUGCAGAUUGCCUUAGUGACGUACGGCGCGGUAACUAGCGAAAUUGCCUUACGGCGUGCUUCCGCCAGCGACGAUAGUGUAAGAAAUGCUGUGGAUGCACUGCUACUUAACGCUGAUAUAGAAAGCGGUAGUCACGCCAACUCAACGCUAGAAGACGGACUGCGCGCUGCAUUGGAAGCACUUAACGACACAUCGGAGAUUAUGGAGCGUCUUCCUUUAGAAGGUUUUACCAAACGUGUUCUCGUUAUCGGCGACGGACAUUUAAGCCAGAACUUCGAUGAGCUCAUACAUCACAACUACAAGCUACAGAGCAUUCGUGUAGACUCGAUCAUCUUUCCAUCGCGAGGCCAUGUCACUUUUCCGACAUCGACAGCAUCUGCGUCUGUCAUGUAUACCGACGCUGCACACGUCGGAAACGUUAUAGGAAACAACCACCUUCCAGUUGGUCGCCCCUCGUUAAAAACGGACAACACUCUGGAUACGUUCGUAGCGCAAACAGGCGGGCGUACAGUGGCUAUUGACGAUACUCCGAUCGACAAUGCGGUUACAGUAACAGCGCUCCAGCAACUCUAUGACGCACUGUACAGUUUCACAUUUGAUGAUACAUCAUCGCCCCAAUCCGACAGUUACAAUCAGAUUGAGCAAAAAGAGUUCUACGGUAAGGAACAGCACGACAUGGUGUUUGAAUUCGACAUCGACCCUACUCUGAGCUCGGAGCUUCGCAUCCGACUGCUUGGCCACGAUUAUGGCUCAGACAGAACCUGGACCGUAUUACCUAAAGACAUUUCGCUUUUUGCUCCCGACGGCCAUUCGAGUGGCAAAAAAGUCUAUAGCCCGAAGGACUAUAAAUAUGUGUCAACAAAUUCCCAGUUCUGGUAUUACGAAUUCAGGAUUCCUGAACCUGCUGUCGGCCGUUGGCGACUCGAAGCCAAAGCGCGCAAGGAUACCAAACAGCCAAUCGUCGUGUCGGCAGCAGCUAAACCGUCAGAAGGUGACGAUGAACCCAUCACAGUCGACGUUUGGAUCUCUCAACCCAGCCACAAUGUGAGCCUUCAGGAAAGAGGCCUCAUCGUCUACGCUAAGGUGAGCAAGGGAAGUCGCCCAGUGGUUGACGCAAAGGUGAUCGCCAAAAUUACCCCUGUGUCAGACCAAAGCGAGACGCAGCUGUGUAUCGACCUAAGAGACAACGGCGCAGGAGAUCCUGACGUAACCAAAGAUGACGGCGUGUACUCACGAUACGUCGAGGGGAUCAAAAAUCUUGGCAGGCAUCGUCUCGUUGUGGAAGCUAAGAGUGAAGGAAACGCAGCGGUUCUUCGAGGAGCCACUGUGCCUGACGACACUGUUCCGCACACGGCAUGCUGCGGCAGCCUCGUUGUACGCACUGCUCUGAAUACAACUAGGCCAUUCGCCCGGCGAGUACACUUUGGUUCAAUAUUUAUAACCCGCGUGCUCCGCGAACAGCGUGACGGUGAGAUCCGUACAGCCUGGGCUGUACCGGGGCGAGUUACGGAUCUCCAUGUCGUGUACUUGCAGUCCAAUCCACAAGGGGUUUCCCUCGGUUGGACCGCAACGGGCAACGUGAAAGAUCACGGCAGAGCCGCCUCUUACAUUCUUAAAAGAUUCGACAAUCGUGACGAGGCUGUCUCGCAGUUCGAUGAGCGGGGCCAGGUUAUCAGCCAUUGGGAAAUGGACGGCAAUCCCCCCGUACCGAAGGAAGCCGGCAGUCGAGAACAGGUUUUCGUUAAAGUCGCUAGCGGCUCACCUCUACCUCAAUACUUCACUUUAAAGGUCAACAACACGUAUGGAGCACUAUCGGCCGUAUCAAAUAUUGUCACCGUCUCAGUAAUGCCACCGAUUACAACAACCAUCUCAUCUAUUUGGGGAAUCAGCACUUCUGGUUCCGGUCAAGGAAAUUCCGGGGCGCCAGGUGGAACGACUUCGGGCAAUUUUGACCUCAACUCAGAUCAUAUACUCCCAGGCCAGCGUGAAGGGCCACGCCUACUGCCAGGUCAGCUCGCGUUAAUCAUCGCCAUACCCCUUGUCAUUCUUAUGCUUGGAGUUUGCAUACUGAUCAUAAUUGUGGCGCGCAGAAGGAAAGAUCCCCUGCUUGUCAAAGCGAAGAAAGCGCCAGUGAAUGAUAAGAACAAUGGAGGCAGUCUAGGCACACCAAACAAUGGAACUCUACCUAAAGAACCGUUGCAUGGUGACAAUGUAACUCCUGUCCUUACGCCCUCGCCAGUACUGAAGGAAGGUCUUAGUCCUAUGGCAACGAUGGCUCCGGGUUUGCCACUUAAUCCUAGUAUGGGUCUCGACCACAUGCCAAUGUCAAUGGAUCACUCGAUAUCUAUGAAUGACCAAAUGAACAUGUCGAUGACCAUGAAUAUGAACCUAAACCAAAUGGGGCAGCAACAAGCAGGCUUGUCGCCAGUAAACCAUUGGCCAGCCGAAGUCCUACUAGAGCACUAUAAUAAAGUGCAGGAGGCCAAGCAGCGACAGGAACCUCCGCCCGUGCUUACUCUACAAGCUGGACACCACGACGAGUCGAUAAAUUCUUCCAACCCCAGCAUAUAUAGCACAAUGGAUCCAUUUCGAAAUCGGCCUCAGAUAAACCCUUCGAUGAACAGUCAGCUAAAUACUAGUAUACAACAUUCAGCUAACCUAAACAGUGGUAUUUAUUCUCCGUAUUACGGAAACCCCCCCAUUGUUACACCGAUGGGGCUACACGUCUCCACUCGUAACAUUACGCAAGUCUAGAAGUAAAACCGAGGGUCUAUGAGAUGUUUCGGGAUAAGAAAAGAACGGAUUUUAUCAAAGACCAUACCUGCACACCUCUAGAUCAAACAUCUAUUUAGCUAACGAAACCUGCAGAUAUUUCUGGAAAGGUCACGAAGCAUAUAUACAGGAUACUUAUAUAUGCAUUAUUUGAGGUAUGUUCAUAAGUGAAAGUUGAACUCCUAACACAGGGACGGAUAGAAAAGAAAGUAACAAAUGGACAUGACACAUAAGCAGCAAUCACUACCUAAUGAUAGUGACAAUUAUAGUUGUAGCUAAUGACUAAUCUCUAAACAAAGACAAUGGAAACACGUGUCCUGUAAACAUUUGGCCACGGUUUGCGGGUUAUUGGCGAUAAUUUUCAGCCUUAGCCGCCGAUUCUUUCCGACAUUUCGUCUGAGUAUGGUACUGCGCCCGCUGACAAGGUCCACACGACAUAACUUUAGAGCACAAUUUCCUCUUUUUGUCGGAUACGGAUAGCGUUCACUCAUAAUCAGUCUCCUUAUACGUAGUGAACAUUGCCCUCUUUCGAAUUCGCUUGUCGCCAUAGUGUCAAGCUUCGACUCAUACGUAGUUUUAAGUGUACUUCUUUUUUCAUAAAACAACGCCAUUCAAAUGUAAACAUUUUGAUGACUAGUAUGUUAGCAGUAACUCCUUUCCUUUUACAAGCAUUUCGUAUGCGUGAAGGUUCGUUUGCUUGUUCACUCAACAGUGUACUCUGCAAGCCGAUAGCUGUAGGUCGUUGUCGGCGUUUCCUAAACGCAGUUAUCUUUGCAAAAAAUUAAGCGGCUAGAAUUUACAAAUUGUUUUUCCUUUUCUUUUUUUUUUUUUUGACAAAAUAGGCAACGCUUACCAUAGCACACGUUUGAGUUUGUCCUCAGUUGUCGCUUUUGUAAGUCAUUUAAUAAAGUCGAGUUGCCGAUAGACGAGUGUAUUACCCAUUUACAUGAUGCUUUUCUAGUCUCGUAAUUAUUAAUAACGAAAAGCGGCGAAAAAUUUGCCGCUCGUAUUGGUGUGAAAAGUUUCCAAAGCGAGAAAGCGUGAGAGAGUACGAGAGAGCGAAAGAAAGAGAGAGUGCUAACUAAAUUUAUCUAGCUCAUGCAAGUUAAUGUGUGUGAAUGUACUUGAAAAGGGGCCUCGUGUGUUACAAUGAACAGGCAAACGAGGCCUAGCACAAAAGGCCUAGAGUAAAAAAACGUAAACAAAGAAAUACACGCUGUUUUACCGGGCUCCCGCAAUGAGAAAACGAGCAAGGAUGAUAAAGAAUGGAUGUGUAUGUCUCAAUCGUCUGUUAUUUUGCGUAGAUGCUAUUUAAUGUCGGAGUAAUGCUGUCCCUUAGCGGCAGAGAAAAUGCAUACGAGUGGAAGAAUGCUUAAAGUUCGAAAAAAAAACAGAUGAGGAUUAAUUUGUACGUUAAACUGUAUAGCAUAGAAAUUGAAACGGUUUGAAGAUAUAUAUUCACACGAAACUAGAUAUAUAUAGAUACUUUCAGUAACCACGAACCACUUUCUGAGAGGCAAAGUUGCGUAGAAAUUGGCCUGUCAGAGAUGAAAAAUUAUUCGACAGCUCGAUUUCUUUGAGCGACUUUCGAACUUAUCAACGGUGCCGUGCAUCGUCAAACAUGCGAGGACGGUGACGACAAACAGGGAUGUACUCUAGACAACUACUUGUUUAACUUUUCUUUGUAAGUUAUUGCAGGUACUGACAAAAUAAAAAAUUCUAUUUAUAAAAAAAACGCCGAAAACCGAACAUGGCGGUGAAGACACAGAGCAUGACGGAAAUCUUAUCUGGUUAUCUGCUCCGCAUUAAGUGACAGCAUUUCAAAAAAAAAGCAACAUCUAUAAUUUUCAUUCUAUUUUUUGACGCUGUUAUUCCGUUGAACGUAACGUGCGCGGCAAGCGACGUACAAGUAUUAAGAAUUAAGUGUCUUCUGUCUGUCGCAGUCCAACUCGUGUGAUAAAGACUUGUCGAUUACUAUACGCGUAUUCGCGGACUGUAUUAGAUGGUCAAGGUGUCGUGUAGUCUUUGUGUAUCUGUAUACAUGAUAGACUUCCGUGUAGCGGAAUAUGUUGCUACGCAAAGAUGAUAUAAAAGACUAUGGGGGGUUAUUAGAAUAUGAGGAGAAGACUAGCUAAAAACCCCUCUUCUAGGCAUAGCAAUGACGAAGCCAAAAAUGUAGGUAUAUCGAUCUGUACGUAGAUCGGUGUAUAUGUUGUGUUGCAACCAAAUGGUCUAAAAUGAAUAAUGAAAAGGACACAAUACCAGAAAGAUUACUCUUCGGCGAGACUGAAACGAUCCCUUUUCGCUAGCUUUUAUAUAUAUAUAUAUAUAUAUAAAUCUAGUAACGGUCUCGGUAUAUAUAUACCGAGGCCGUUACCUGAUUUUUAGUGCUGAGAAACUGAGAGUAACGUAGUGUUGAUGCCAUGGACAAAACUCCCUUGUCCUGUUGUUGAUAUACAAAAACCGAUGAAAUAUUAUCGUACGCCUGUCAUAUUUACCGGCAAGAUAAAUUUUAUGGCAAACAAGAAAUUAUCAGAAAAUCGCAAAUUUAUUGCGUUACAAAUGGAGAGUUGUAUUGUACAAGAACUAAGACAGAAUCUUAGUUCAUCGACAUGAAGAGCUGCGAAAUCCGGGUAGCGCUGACAUACUAGCAGGCACGUACACAUUUAAUUAUUAACUCAGCUCGACGAACUCUAAAUUUUGAGUAUAUUUAAUGAAAAAAUGUAUGUUAAAACAGAAACAAAAAGGUCCCACAAAACACGAUCAAUGACAACAAUGUAAAGUCUGUAUAAAGUUAUAAUUAAUUAAUAUGAUCAUUAUUUUUAUUGCUUGUGAUAAUAACGCUGACGAAAAGAUGACAGUACGUAAAUACACGAAAGUAUGGGUAUUAUCAUCAUCAUCAACAAUGUGUAUAGUAAUAUCCCAAAGUCCUUGGUACCACACCACUGUCCUGCGGAAACUAGGUACGGUUAAGCUAAAACGCUACAAUCGACCGUAACGUAUAUUUCACAAAUUGUGACGAGAGCUAGUCCAGAAAAGACACCAGCAUCGAUAAAACGAGAACACAGAAUGGGAGUUUGAGUGAAGUGAAUAAGGUAGAUUUGAAAUUGACCGCCCUUUACUUUGCGAUCAGAACUAAUAGGCAACGGAUUGUAAACGUCGAAACGAAACAAAAUAUUUCCUUAAAAUGUUCUCCAUUUUACCAUCGUUACCAACUUGAGACCAUCAGAUCGUCACAUUUAGCUUUGCUUAGCUUCAUUCCGCCGAAAUAGUUUCAAUGACACCGUCAACGUUAUCACAAUGUGGAUACAUCUAAAAGGAAUGAUAAUACAGGAAACGAAUUUCGAAAACGUUCAUGACAGGAAUGACGUAAACAGCAAAAAAACGAGUCCCUUAUUUUAAUUACACAUCAUUCAGAGACUUGAGCGGGACUCAACAGGCUGCAACAGUGAUGCCACCGCGGGCUCUCCAUUUGUUGCACCAAACAGAAGAUACGUUUAGAAUUCAUAAGAACGAAUUAUAAACGAUAUACGAGCGAAUCAAUCAAGCGCAGAUCGGUCGGUUUUUUUCUAUAUACAGUGAAGCCGGAGUUCCGUUUGCAAACCAUUGUUAGUUUAUAGUAUUACGGCGUUUAACUUAAGGCAAAAAGACAACUAAUCGUAUAAAGAACGACAACAUAGCGUAAUUUAAGUUGAAAUCAAAACUUGUACUAUUAUGAUUGCAAAGAAUUGUCGCACAAAAAAGCCACCGACGACAAUGUUGAUGAUUACACGAGAAUCAAGAGCAGUUCCUAAUAUAAAAUAAUGACAAGAGCACACAUUCAAUGGGAAGACUAACAAAGAAGAAAGAAACUGGAAAAGAAAGAUGAUCAAGACGAGCAUGACUGGGCGAUAGCAUUGAUGACACAAUGAGAAAACGAGGCAAAGGUGCCUAUUUUAUAUCAUCGCACACUGUAAUAUAAAUGUACAGAGAACACAAGAUGAUCGUUUUAAACGAAUAAAUUUUAUAUAAUAAAUAAAAUUACGAAAUUUUAAUUAUGGUCAGUAGUUUUCUAGCUAGACUAUACAUAUAAGAGAGAAUAAAAAUAAAAAUUAUACAAUGUGUACAUGAUUCAAUGUAAAAUCUCACUCGACACCAAGCCGAAAUAGGAGAAAAAUCUAGAAGAUUAGAUAAACUUUUACAGUUGUCUCACAAACCUCAUUUUUGAAAAAGCAGGUCCAAGCUAAUUUAUAAGUUUACUCUUUGAAGUAAUUUAAUGUAUGUAUCUCAGACUAAUAGUCUAAAC